UCAGCAAGCCGGACCGUAGUUUUGUGGGAAUGUUAACGUAUUGUAAUAGGGUCAAGGUAGAGAAGAGGGCUUGAUUUUGAGAGAAUGUUUUCCCUUUGAAGUGUCUUUAACUCUUGAGGAAAGGCUUCCCGCUGAACGAGCUUAAUGACAGACUCAGAAGUUCUCCUACGUUCCUCAACUGUCACAAAUUCACUGUCGUGCUUUAGCUUAGACCCUAGUCUCUUGAUUCUGGCGACCAUCUUAAUGAGCGUUUAUCUGUCAGGUCACUAAGAACAUUAUGGUCUACAUACUGUGAUGAAGACCACAGAAUACGUUAUUUUACGUACUCCUGACUGAAAGGCUAAUGCACUGUUAAUAAAAGCUUUUUGAGUAAUUACUGGAAACUGAGUGAAUACGUGGCGUUAACUGACAACAGUGUCAUCAAUCAGAAAAUAACCGUUUUUAUGUGAAGACGUUGAGUCCAUGAAGUGGACGAGAAAAACGGACCCACUUUUAAAACCCUGAACCUGCAGGGGGGCAUAGUCUGAAGAGUUGGCGAGUCUUCUCAGAGCUGUGACCAUGAAGAAGAACAAAGGAAAAGCAGGCAGCACUGCUGAGAAGGAGUUUGUAUUUGAGUUCAGGGCGGGAAAACACAACUGUGUCCUCAAAGUGCCUCUUCAGUUCCCCGUUCAAGAGAAUAUUAGUGACCUUCAUGGACGCCUUAUGCUGCUACAUAAAAUACCCUGCUACGUAGAAAAUGAGCUUAAAGCCUUGCUUUCCAACUUCAUUGAGAAUGAGACCAUCCAGGAUUAUGACAGAGAGGCUGAGCUGGCCCUACAGAGACUCACAACAGGAGAUGUAGAUGUAAACCAGCUCACCAACAUGUGGACCAGGUCUUAUGUAGAGACGACACUGGAGCACGCUCGUCCCGAAGAGCCCAGCUGGGAUGAGGACUUUGCCAGUGUUUACCAUGAGUUGAUCCACUCCCCUGCCUCAGACACUCUUCUCAACCUGGAGCACAACUACUUUGUUAGCAUCUCCGAGCUUAUCAGUGAGAGAGACAUGGAGAUCAAAAAGCUUCACGAAAGACAAGCAACUGAAAUGGACAAAGUGAUGAAUGAGCUGGGAAAUACUCUGAGUGACCAGGAUGUAAAUGCAGUGGCAUCUCAGCACUUCGAUGCACAGCAGGUGCUGGAGAACAGGUGGGCCAGUGAGUUGAAGCAAGUUACUGGCAUUCAGAAGCAAGAGUACCAGGAAUGGGUUGUCAAACUGCACCAGGACCUGCAGAAAUCCAACAACAGCAGCAAAAUUAAUGAGGAGAUCAAGGUGCAGCCCAGCCAGUUGUCAGAGCUGGCACAUUCUGGGGCCAGGAUGUUUGAGGAGCAGCCUCAGCUGGAAGAGAGCUUCACAAUACACCUAGGAGCACAACUGAAGACGAUGCACAACCUGCGACUGGUUCGUGCAGACGUGCUGGAUUUCUGUAAACACCGACGACACGGCAGCAGUGGAGCAAAGCUGCAGCGGAUCCAGGCGGCCCUUUCACUCUAUUCUUCCUCACUCUGUGGUCUGGUGCUGUUGGUUGACAAUAGAGUCAACUCCUACAGCGGCAUCAAGAGAGACUUUGCGACUGUGGCAAAGGAGUGCACAGACUUCCACUUUCCCUGUCUGGAGGAGCAGCUGGAGGAGGUACAGCAGGUUGUGCUCUAUGCCAGAGCCCAGCGGAGCAGCAAGCAGAAAGAACAACCUGAGAUUCCUAAGAAUGGAGGUGAUGACAAGAGCAAAAAUGUUGAACGAAAUACUUCUAACAUCUUACCAGGUGAGUUCUAUAUCUCACGGCACUCCAACCUGUCAGAGGUUCAUAUUGUCUUCCACCUUUGUGUCGAUGACAAUGUCCGUUCAGGGAACAUCACGGCACGGGAUCCAGCCAUCAUGGGCUUGAGAAACAUCCUGAAAGUCUGCUGCACACAUGACAUCACCACUGUCACAGUUCCUCUGCUGCUGGUCCAUGACAUGUCAGAGGAAAUGACCAUACCCUGGUGUCUUAAGAGAGCCGAGCUGGUAUUCAAAUGUGUCAAAGGCUUCAUGAUGGAGAUGGCCUCAUGGGAUGGAGGUAUAUCACGCACGGUCCAGUUUCUAGUGCCAAAGAGUAUCUCAGAAGAGAUGUUCUACCAGUUGAGCAACAUGUUGCCUCAGAUCUUCCGUGUCUCCUCCACCCUAACGCUCACCUCAAAGCACUGAUGGAUGGAGAUGCAGCACAUUACAUCCACAUGGCAUUCAGACUAACAGAGACACUUUAUUUUAGCAGCAUUGAUGAGUUACAGUAUAGCUCUCUCUUGUUUUUUGGGAUCUGAAGAUGAACUGAGGUGGAUAUUUUUAACAUUAUGUUGUGAUGUUAUAAUGGCAUUAUAGCACUUAACAAUAGAGGUGCAAAAGGAAUAACUAGGGACAUUUUUACACAGUUAAUGAGCCUUAUUUUUUUCUAAAGCUUUAUGUGCUGUAAAUUCUUCUCACUGAAAGAGCACUGGAGUCAGGGUUUGGUGGUGACAGUUUUAUAGCAUCAUAACACCAGUGCUCCAAGUAUUUGCAUUUUUCUUUAAAGGUGCAAUUUGUAACUUUCCACAUGUUCAAUUUAUCACAUAACAGCAGCUGGUAAAGCAUUGGUGAGGUUGUUUCCAUUAGCUUGUAUGCAGUGAAAAUGUCAUCAACCAGGCAGAUGACAUGAAUAUGAAGACAGAACUGUUUGACCUGUAUAUGAUGUAAUAUGUUAUUCCCUCACAGUAUCAUACAGGUUGAUAUAAUCGUGACUAUAAUGUUGGCUAUGAAAAAAAACAAUAUCAUAGAUCUAAUCUUUAGUAUUUAUGUGCGAGGGACAUCACACUUCAUCUGUCAGUGUUCAUGAAUUAGUUGUGAUGGAGGACCACAUAGAGAUUUAACAGUUUAAUUCUAUGAGCAGUUAGCUUCAUAUUUGAGGUUUGGAUCUUCCAGAGAGAAUUGACAUGUACUUGGCUCUUCUAGGCCUAAAGAGGAAUGGCAUUGCUGCUGAAAUGAACUUUGUGCAGGUGUUUUAGUACAGAUAAAGUAGAGCAGUGGCUCCAUGCCAUGAUAAUUAGUAGACUAUGAUAUGCAAUGAAACGAGAAUGAUGCUAAAGUAUUUUUAAAAAUGCAAAAAGGACACCAGCACCUGGACACAAAACAAAGAUCUACUCACGCACUGAAGUCAUGUUUCUUAAUAAAUCCUCAAGUAAUGUGCAUGUACUACAUUUAUGCUUUAUGGGUUCAGCUUGAAUAGAAAUUAAAGAUCAAAAAUCAUAGGUAUAACAAAGGUGGCAUACUUAAUUUCUCGCUGUUGUGAA